UAGGAAUAAUCAUCCGGACUUUGGACUGCUGACGACAGGCUCAAAGUCCAGGAUCUCCCUAUCUUACCCCUGCUCGCGGUCGCUCUGCACUGAUUUAUUCUUCCAGAGGUUUGACCUGCGUUUCCUGUCGAAACUCCCGGCAGCUGGAAGGACCAUGUCUCUCUGCGAGCCGCGUCCCGACGAAGGCUCGGUCUCCAGGCGGAGCAGCGAGGAUCAGGCCGGCUUCCUGGGGUCCCGGGGUUACAUAUCCUCGGCCUCCUCGCUGAUCAGAUCGGUGACGACGGCCAGCGCCGACCUGACCAGGAGGUGGUUGAGCUCCGAGCCCGCCCAGCGGCCCUUCCGCGUCUGCAACCACGACCGCUCCCACCGCAAAGGCCUCACCGCCGGGACCCUGAGGGAGCUCGUCAACAAGGCGCUGGACGCUCUGCUCAUCACCGGCGUGGUCAGCGUGGUCCUGGAGGAGGACGGCACCGCGGUGGACACAGAGGACUUUUUCGAACACCUGGACGAUGAAACCGUCCUGAUGGUUCUGGAGAAGGGCCAGCGAUGGACCUCGCAAAAGAGGGGAGUGGUAUCCUAUGCUCUGACCCAGAAACCAAAAAACAGCAAAGACAUCGCCCGGAUAACCUUUGACAUCUACAAGCUCAACCCCAAGGACCUCUUUGGGUCUGUCAACAUGAGGGCUACGUUCUACGGACUUUACUCCAUGACCUUUGACAUCAAGUGUCUGGGGCCUAAGAAGGUCAUAAGAGAGCUGCUGCGAGUAAUGUCUACGCUCAUGUAUGGGGUCGGCCACCUCCUGCUCAGGGCUGCCUCCCUCACUCGACAGGUGGUGGAGGGGAGCGCCACGCUGGUGGAGCACUACGACUGAUCGACCUCCUCCCACCCCCCACCCGGAAUCGCUCAGAGGACACACGACAACGCUAACACAUUACCGAUAUGGACACCUGCACGCAUACACCCACACAGUCCCCUGCUUGUAACUUGCAAUGAUUAAAUCUUGAGCCUAGUUCGGCUGA